AUGGGCAUGAUUGGUUCCAGGCCACCUGAGCUAGAGCUGGAACUAAUGCCAAACGAUGUGAAGCUGAAGGGAAGUAAAAAUUACUUGAGUUGGGCUAGAAGAGUACAGGUGCUUCUAGGAGGAAAAGGGGUAGAGCACUAUCUGGCGAAGGAUUGUGUUGAGCCGGCUAACAAGCUUAGCCCUGAGUGGAGAGUUUGGCGUACGAUAAACUCUACCAUAGUGGCGUGGUUAUUGGCAUCCAUGUCACCAUAUGUUAGUAAAAUGGUGGAAGCUAUGCACACUGCAGCACAAAUAUGGAAAGCCUUGAGUAACAUGUAUUCCUGGCGAAGGAAUGUGAUGGUGAUGAUGGAAAUUCAAAAUAAGGCCGAUGCAGUGAAACAAGCAGGGCGACCAGUGGAGCAAUAUGCUAGUGAGUUGCAGUACUUGUGGGGAGAGCUGGACCACUAUGCUCCACUUCAUAUGAGAGAUCCACAGGAUGCCCAAGAUGUUCAGAAGUGGGUAGAGGACAGGAGGGUGACUCACUUUCCGAGGAACUUGGAUCCUGAGUUUGAGAGCAGGAGGGAUGCUUUUUGUCACCAGGAUAAUCUACCUACCAUGGAGGAGGCUGUGUCAGCCAUGGUCAUUGAGGAGAGCAAACUUUGGAUGAUGAGUAGUAACAGUCCUGUACCACAGUGGCGGAGAGGGAGUGCUUCAACUGUGGAGAGAAGGGACACUUGA